UCAAGUCGUAUUACCACGAGACCAUUUGCUGACGGCAAGCAAGCUACUUUAAGACUCACCAUUCUAGAAGGAAGACUUGUAAUAUUAUCUUCAAUCUUUCAUAAUGGCCACCAUAGAAGGCGCCCCGGCGCAUGGAGCUGUUGCCCAUCUACUUCCCCAAACGUACAAGCGACUGGUAUCAGAGUGGCUAGAGGAAGACACACCAAGCUUCGACUAUGGAGGAUUUGUGGUCGGUGAUGAAAUCUCAGAAGCGAAGUUGCUGGGCAAGAGUGCGGGCAUAGUCGCAGGUGUUCCUUUCUUCGACGAGGUGUUCAAGCAACUAGAUUGCACCGUCCAAUGGCAUGUUAAGGAGGGAGAAGCACUCAAGCCGAUUAUGCAUUGUGCUACAGUACGAGGGCCCGUUAGGAAGCUACUUCUCGGAGAGCGGGUGGCGUUGAACACUCUAGCUCGGUGCUCAGGCGUCGCUUCAAAGUCAGCCAGGCUGCUUUCCCUCCUCCGGAAAGCAGGAUAUACCAAUAUCCUAGCCGGCACGCGAAAGACAACCCCUGGAUUCCGCCUCGUAGAGAAGUACGGCAUGCUCGUGGGCGGAUGCGAUCCCCAUCGCCACGAUCUUUCUGCCAUGACUAUGCUCAAAGACAAUCACAUUGUCGCGGCUGGCAGCAUCACUUCCGCGGUACGGGCUGCUAAAUCAGCCGGUGGCUUUGCGAUUAAGGUCGAACUCGAGUGCCAGAGUUUCGAAGAAGCAGAUGAAGCAAUUGCGGCUGGUGCGGACGUCGUGAUGCUAGACAACUUCACUGGUGAAGGAGUGAAGAUUGCUGCUUCACGACUGAAAGACAAGUGGGGAAGGGGCACCGCCGACAGGAAGGCAUUCUUGGUUGAGGUCAGCGGAGGACUGACAGAAGAGAACGUGGAGGCCUACGUCUGCUCGGAUGUUGACGUUAUCUCUACGAGCAGUAUACAUCAAGGCGUCAAGCACGUGGACUUCUCGUUGAAGAUUGUGCCGAAGGGCAAAUGAUGAGAACGGGGGUGGAGGCAUUGGAAAAGCCACAUAAGUCUUGAU